GUCGGCUAUGUUGGCUACAUAGCCUUUGGUGAGUGCAAUGGGCUGAAAACUUUUUUCCUGAUGUUGGCCGCACAGGGUAUGGUUGCUGCCUUAGUGAUGGGUCAUUUUCUCCUUGCGCCGAGGCCCAUUCAUCCAAUUCUGAUCCUCUGGGCAAUCUUGGGCGACAGUGCCUUGACGAUGUCGUUUGAACUCCUUUCACAGCUUGACCCGAUCGCUGCCAAGGAACUACGUCCGUGGUACGCGCUUGAUUCAGACGAACCCCUUCCCUCGCACGAGGGCCACACUUCUCAUCCGGUAUGGGCACUUCUCAUGGCACACUUUGGUGUUCAGCCUCUUCGUAUUGGCUUCACUCCUGAUGCUCCCAGUCGUCUCCAAUACACACAGCAGCUUAUCUGUGCUGCUGUACUGGGCAAGACGACGACCAAUGUGCCAGCAUUGCAGGCCUUUCGUCAAGGUUUCAACGUGCAGUUUAGUAUCGAACAUGACGACGAUUCCCGGAUGGCGGCCUUCGAGCGCUUCUCCGACCUAUUCUCCAAGCCGGUGCCGACCUUUGGCGCUCGCAUGGUCACAUUGAACCCGAUCGUGGUCAUUCGCACUCUGUAUGACCGUACAGUGAGAAGCCCUCAAGAUGUUGUUCGCCUUAUCAAGUACGAACUGCCUGAGGAUUCCAUCACGGCCGCCGAGGAUCCUGUGGUGCGCGAGAUGCAGCGUCUGUACGAGGUGAUGUUUCGGGUCCGCCUGUAUCGCUGGCUGCGAGGAGUAGGACCUCCUGACCACCAUAUACUCCGUACUGCGGUACAGCUCGAAGGAACAAAUCAUGGGGAUCCCACGACGCUGCGAGCCCGUCUACUGUUGAAGGCGGUUCGCGAGAGUGAGGACCUCCCUAUUGACCCUGAAUGGCGACUCAAAAUCCAGUUGCACCAUGCCCAUGAUAGCAGAGAUGACGCUGUUCUGGAUCUCCACACGUGCGUUGGGUUCUGUGUUGUGAAGUUCACCUGGUGGCUUUGCAAUAUGCUACUUGAGGACUUGGAUUUUGACAAUCCGUCUUCUGUCACCCUCUUUGACUGCUGGAUUUACGAGCAGGUUCUCUACAAUCAAAAUGUCCAUACGACGGCCUAGUCUGGCGAUUUACCAAGUCCGAUUUCGCAGUACUGUACAUUGUCAUACAUGGUUGGCUUUGAAUAUAUAUAAAAUUAAUCGAUCUGCGGUGUGUGUGUGUGAGUCAAAGAGCAACACGCCUGCUAUGCAACCAGAACAUUAACAUAUCUACACCGUUCCGAGUAAGAUGCGAUGC